GCGUGUGUGCAGGUCUGUGUGUGUGUGCGGGGGGCUGUGUCUGUGUGCGGAGGGGGGGUGCAGGGAGCCUCCUGCCCCGCCAGGGCACAUCUGGGCGCCGGGGAGCUGCAGGGAGGAGAGAGCCGGCGCUGCGGGCUGACAGCCCCGGCUGCUCGUGUGUGUGUGUGUGUGUGUGUGUGCGUGUGUGUGUGUGUCUCGCACACGCUCGGCAGCGGCAGGCGCCUCCUCCCCGCCGCAUUAAAACCAGCCAAGUUUCGCGGCCGGCGGCAGCGGCACGUCGGGGCGCGGCGGGGGGUGCUGCGGCCCCGGGAUGCACCCCAACGCCACGGCCCCGGCCCUGCCGGGCGGCCCCCUCCACCCCAACGCCUCCAACCGCUCCGACCUGCUCCCCAAAGGGCCCGACGAGGAGGACCUGGACGUCAACACCGACAUCUACUCCAAAGUGAUGGUGACCGUCAUCUACCUGGCUCUUUUCUUGGUGGGCACCGUGGGUAACUCCAUCACGGCGUACACGCUGGUGCGCAAGAAGUCGCUGCAGAACCUGCAGAGCACCGUGCACUACCACCUGGCCAGCCUCGCCUUCUCCGACCUCCUCAUCUUCCUCCUCUGCAUGCCCAUCGAGCUCUACAACUUCAUCUGGGUCCAUCACCCCUGGGCUUUCGGGGGGGCCGUCUGCAAGGGCUACUACUUCCUCCGGGACGCCUGCACCUACGCCACGGCUCUCAACAUCGCCAGCCUCAGCGUGGAGCGCUACAUGGCCAUCUGCCACCCCUUCAAAGCCAAGAGCAUCAUGUCCCGCAGCCGUACCAAGAAGUUCAUCAGCUGCAUCUGGAUCGCCUCCUUCCUCCUCGCCAUCCCCAUGAUCUUCACCAUGGGGGAGAUCUACGUCAAGGACCAGGAUCCCGACUCCCUCAUCUGCACCACCAUCGUGGACGCCUCCACCCUGAAGACGGUCAUCCAGGUCAACACUUUCGUCUCCUUCGUGUUCCCCAUGGUCGUCAUUUCUGUGCUCAACACCAUCAUCGCCAACCAGCUCAUGGUCAUGUUCAAACAGGCGGCCCAGGAGAACCAGGUCUGCACCAUCGGCGGGCAGCAGACGAUGCUCAGCAUGUCCAUGGAGCCCAGCCGCGUCCAAGCCUUGAAGCAUGGCGUGAGGGUCCUACGUGCUGUGGUGAUUGCCUUCGUGGUCUGCUGGCUCCCUUAUCACAUUCGGCGUCUCAUGUUCUGCUACGUCCCCUCCAGUCACUGGACAGAUUUCCUUUUCAACUUCUACCACUACUUCUACAUGCUGACAAACGUCCUCUUCUACGUCAGUUCGGCAAUCAACCCCAUCCUCUACAACCUGGUGUCUGCAAACUUCCGACAGAUCUUCCUCUCCACACUCACACUCCUGUGCCUGCCAUGGAGGAAGAAGAAGAAGCGACUGGCCUUCACCAGGAAAUCCAACAGCAUCUCCAGCAACCACACAUUUUCCAGCCAGGUCACAAGGGAAACUACAUACUGAAGCCAAAGGAGGAAGGGAAGCGCGUUUCAUGGUGGAGUCAAAACUUGAGAGAGGCCUCUGUGACUUUCGUGCAUGGUCUCCAAACUCACGUAACACAAGUGUGUUUAGCAAAGUCAUUUUUGUUGGAAAAAUAGGCUUUGUGUUGCCAGUAACUUUGAGGUUAUUUUAAAGCAUUGGCCUUGCCUCUUGUGAGUAAUGUCUACACGUUUUGUAACUUCAGUCUGGCAUAAAUCCAGCUGCGGUGUUAACUGGGAAGCCAAAAUAUGUUAAACUUAGGCAAAACCAUACUGCAUUUCAUCCUUUUCUCAGUGCAGAGAUGCCAUGUUCCCAUCCAGGGGUUCGAGAUCACGUCUCUUGGUGGCACCGAGCAGAGAGUCUGAUGGGGAGAAAGCAGUUUUGAACAGAAAGGGCUGUUUUCUGUUUUUGGAGAAUGGACAUGCUCAUCUAUGGGAUGUUCAAUGAGUGAAAACUCAGGGAGCCAGAUGGUUGUUUUAGAAAUAUGUCUAAAUCAUGAUUAAUGUGACCUAGGUGCUCAAGAGAGCCACUCUGGCUCCUUGAAAUUAAAUAACAACAGAUGAUGCCUUACCUAGAUAGGGGUGGCUGUGGCCUGGGAAAUGGGAGUCAUCUUUUACCUUAGGGCAUGUCUAGUGCCUGGCACAGCGAAGCCCCUCUCUCGCUGGUAUUGGUACUGCAACACCAAUACAUUAUAAAGUCUCUAGCAAAGAAUGCAGAAACUGUGCCCAGCUGGAGCGCUGAAAAUGAACAGAAACGGAAAAUCUUACUGUUGCCGUACAGCCAAAUGCUAUUUUUUACCAGGGAGAACAGUUAGCUGCCCUGCAUUGAGGUGAGAAAACUCCAGGCUGAUGAGGGCUCCGGGCUGCUGAGAUAAGAGCAACCUGCCCCAAUUCUGUGGGACCUUCAGAUUUUUCCCAUUCUUAUUCCCGUUUUACUUGUUUCCUCACCAUUUUCACAAGGCUGAUGUCUCAGAGGUUAUAUAAGUUGCAGGCAGCAGGGCCUCUUGUUUUACCUUUUGUUUUAUUUCUUUUUGCUACCAGACCUGUUGUCACACUGAGCUGCACACACAAAUCUUCAGAUAGUGUGGAUGAAGAACACAAGAAGGUUUAAACUGGGGAGCCUUAGCUCUUAAACACCUCUUUUAAGGAGGCAGAGGAACAGAAACAAGACCUGAAAAUUCUCUUUGAAAUUUCUCAGCUGGCCAGGACAGGUAGCGUGAACUUUUCUCCCAUAUAGUUCCACCUCUUACAGCCCGCUAUACGAUGCAGCAAAUUGCUCUAGAGCCUUUAGCGCCAGAAAUCACAGGCUUCUGGGACAAGCUAAAGGGCUUUCCCUGCUGUCACAUCACCAGGUGGUGACCUGCAUGGAGCUGGAACCAACCAAUCAUCCUGUGCAACCUCUGCUGUGGUUUUGCUGGUGGUGACCUUGCGUCCCCUUUCCCACCACGCUUGACUGGGAGAGCAGGGCUUGCCUCUUUAUGAUGACAAACUAGAAGAGUCACUUGGCUCAAUUCAGCUUUCUGGGCUUUGCCUGUACCCUCUCACUCUUCAGCUGAUGAGCACACUUGGUACGUAACAGAAGUCUUGAUGCUGGAGAUGUGGAUCUGGCCCCAGUCAACCCUCACACAAUGAUGGAGACCCGUUACUGACCCACUGGGUACCGCUGACUUCUGCUAGAGGUGUGGUAUCCCAUGGGUUAGGCCCUGUGGGGCUCAGGGUGUAGAGAAAACACUUGUGGGGCGUUUGCUGUGAGUUUUGAGUGUUAGCUAUCUACUUCCAAGGCACUUAUAACCUGGCAGUUGUACAGAGCUAGGUACCAUGCUAGAGCGGGCUACCAUCAGCCAUGACCUCCAACCGCAUCUACCAGGGAUGGGAGAUUAUUUUAAUGCCUAGUACAGAACCACUCCAAAAGAAAGGGCUCAAAAUAUUAGUGGGGGCUUUAGCUUCUUCUGAUUCCGCCAAACUGCAAGCUCUGUCCUGUCAUGCCUUCUUUUAAUUUCUUGCCCUGGUUGUAUCAAACAGAGGGCAGAGAUUGUAUUUGACAAAGCGCUUUUGUCGCUCAUGCACAGUUGACUCCUCUUUGGCAAGAAAAACAGGUAAUGGCACACACACCAACAAAAAAAAUAUCAAAAAGGAGACUGGUCUCUUUGGAAGGAAAUCUGUGAGGAAGCAGCGAUUGUUAUCUAUGUGCAUGUUAGAAAUGGCUUGGGCAGGUUGGAAGAAGAAGGUCUAGAAGACUUGUACAUACUGCCCUGUUGAAAAGUCCAGGUAUGAUGAGCAGAGGAAGAGGAGUCUUAAUGUCACACACUUAACAUUGGCCUUCCAGGCAAGGGACUCUCAACGUUUCUGGAGAGGACCCAAAUUUUUUAACUUCGCCUCUAAAUCGAGUUAACAGCUGGGAGGCAGUUCCUGAAACCUCCCACGGAAGCUGUAACUGUGCGUUGCUUUGACUUUCGGUAGGAUUCAACAUCCUGCGUGUCUCAGUUGCUUUGGAAAUGUUAAACAUUAUUAAUAUACUUGUUCAACACCAACCUGCUGAAAUGUGCUUGAUUAUCUUAGAAAACACUGUACAAAAACUGUUGUUUCACGUAAAAUGCUUGGCUUAGAUUUUCCUUACUGAGAUACACUGGCAGCUUGCAGAAUAUUUGAUCGCAGCUCAGAGAAAGCGGUCGGUUUGGUUUUGAUUUGACAUGAAAAUGGGAACAAGCUGGAGUAAAAAUGAACUUAUCAUAAGCUCUUUCUGCAAUGUUUAUUGGGUCGAGUCCUGAAGAGCUGACUACGUGGGGGGAUUUAUCCAAGCGGUUCGCUGGCUUCUACACCUCCGUCCCUGCAGUUUCGCGCAGGAGCAGACCUGAGUCUAUGGCCUUAAUCUGAGAUUGCAGCUCAAAGCUACCUCUUCCACGGGCCAAAUCUGACUACGUUGAGCUGAAAAGUGUAGGUCACAGCUGAUUUCAUCCUCUUUCCCCUCCUCGCGUAGUUUUGCUAUAUUUGACCCAGAAAUUUAGUUCCCUUGAGCACAAAGAAUUGCGGAUAACUCACUGCAAGACCCCAUGGUUUUGCAAAGGAAAGCAUGAUCCCGUAGAGAAGAAAAAGGUACAAACUGCCCAGUCUAUACCAGAAAAAUGGUUCUUUCCAUGCCUUUUAAUGACUACUAACCCAACAAGGUUUAGCUUUAAACCUAAUCAAGGGAAAGUGGCUUCUGCCAUUAGAAAAAACGCGUACUCCCAUCCUUUGUAUUCCCGUCUUGUCUGAACUCCCCGCUGGGGCAGAGAGGUGAGCGUUGGUGCGGCACGAUGUUAAUCUAUGCAAAUUUCCAGUAAGUGUUCUGAACUGUUUUGUUUUAACUAAAAAAAAAAUCUGUUGAACCCACGGAGGUGAAGUGCUGCCGGAAGGAUCCUGGGAAGUUCCCAUCCGAAGAGAGUCUAUCUAGUGACCUCUUCAAAUAUCAUUUUGAGGUUUCGUUUCUCUUCAAAGCGUUCUCGUCAGGGCCGUCCAUUUGGCAGCGCGUGCAAUCAGAUUUACACGGUCUAUUUGGAAAUUUCCCCCCAGACAGGACUUCCUCACUUUUCUCUUUUUUUGCAAAGCGCGCGAGACCUCGCUUCAAAAACUGAAUGGCGGAGUGGUGUGAGGAGGGUCAGCGGGACACGUGCCGUACGCGUGACGAUAGCAGGACCUUUUGCAUUUAUAGCAUCGAACGUUUAGCGAAAGGCAGCUCCCAGGUGCGCUGUUGCUGCCGGCAGCUCCUGCUGCAGGUUUGAGCCCAUCCUCUGCGUGGCUCCGUCAGUACCUGCCCUCGGGGAGGGCACGAGAGCCCUGGACCUUUCCCGUGCAACGCCGCGAGUCUCAGUCCGGUACCUACCUGGUGGUGACGUUUGGUGGCUGCUUUAAACAACGCUGUAUCUGCUUGAGCUCCGUCCGGUUGUUGACAUUACAGCUCAACGAGUCCUUCUGCUCUCAGUCUGGAUUCGUUUCGUAGGAAAACAGAAAUCGCUAACCCAAAAUUUCAUGAUGCUGUGUCCUGGCUGUGUGAUCAAGAGCCCUUCCCCAGCCGUGCCACCUGAUAGUCCCGCACAUAUUGUAUUUAUGGCAGAUAUUUUUUUAAAGCGCACCUUUUUUUUUUUUUUUUUUUCCUCGGAAAUACAAAACGUUGAUGUGCUUUAUUUUCUGUGGCCUGUUGCGCAAUGGGGAAAAAAAAAAUGAAUGUUAAAAAUGUGUCAGCGUCUCCUUUGUAAUAUUUUCUGUGACAAAGGGAAGGAAGAGGGUGUGAAAUCCUUUUGUGUAGCAAUGGGAAACUCUCUUUCAAUGUAACGUGCUAUUAUUGAUACUGUAUUUACUGAACAAACUGUCAUGAAAUGGUUACUUCCCAUUAUAGCCUUUGUACUGUAUGGUAUUUUAUUUUAUUUUAUUUUGACAUUUAUGGAUCCUAAGAAAUAAAUAUCCGAAUUUAA